AAAUUUUACUCGGACAUUUCCAUCACAUAUGUUGGCUUCAUUGCUAAUUUUCUUUUAUUCUAUGAUGUUGGUAUCAGGAAAAACUAUGGGAAUGUUGACAUACAUGUGGAGAGACAACUUAUGCCCCGUGUUCUUGCUGGUACCAAUGGCCCCACUGAUUGGAAUGAAGCUUUGGAUAUUAUUUCUUUUGGUUCUCCUGAGCAGUCUGUUGAAGGAAUGAAAGUCGUGUGUCAUGAGCUGACACAAGCCACUAAUGAUCCAGAAGGCAGUGCAAUGGAUGAACUUAUUAAAGAUGCAGACAGACUUGUUUCAUGCCUUGCAAACAAGGUUGCCAAGACCUUUGAUUUCAGCUUGACAGGAGCAUCAUCUAGAUCUUGUAAAUAUGUUCUCAACACCCUCAUGCAGACAUUUCAAAACAAGAGACUGGCUUAUGCUGUCAAGGAAAGCACUCUUGAUAGUCUAAUUAUUGAGCUCCUUAUGUGGCUGUUGGAUGAGAGAGUUCCACAUAUGGAUGAUGGCAGCCAGCUUUUAAAAGCUUUGAAUGUUCUGAUGCUAAAGAUUCUAGAUAAUGCAGAUCGAACUUCAUCCUUUGUUGUUCUCAUCAAUCUCUUACGUCCAUUAGAUCCUUGAAGGUGGCCCUCACCUGCAUCAAAUGAGACAUUUGCUGUCAGAAAUCAGAAGUUCUC